GUGGUUGAGGCACGGCGACAGGCAACACUCAGUCUUCUAAAGUUCAUCGGCCAGCAUAGUCCUUUGUUCACUUCAGAGCCAUUUACAAGCUUCUUCCAGAAUGAUGAAAAAAAGGCUGGAGGACACUUUAAGGAGAAAAGGAAAGGAUCCAAAGGAAGGUCAAAGGAGGCAGAGAGCUUGGCUACAACACUGGGAAUCCAAGACAGUUCGUCCCUUUACUCGCAGCUAAGUGAAUCCGAUGAUGACUUGAGUUUGUGCUCCAACCCUGACCUUGCUUGUCUGCCCAUCCCAGCACCUUCUUGUCAUAACCUUGCUGAACCUGAAGGAUCUGUAGGUUCUGUUGGUGCUUUGAACCCAAUAGUAGGAGUGCUGCAUUAACAAAAUCAAGAAUGAAGAAUGGUGCUGUAAGACGUUCUGGAAUCCCAGAGGAAUCUCAGAGAAAAGUUCUCAGUAAAACUUUGCAAGAAAGUCAUCAUGCACAGAAAAACACUGAACAAAUAAUUAAAGACAAAGUGAUUCAUAGCCAAAACGUGGAACAUUACCCCAAUAGCAGUGUUGAUGAUAGUGUAUUUGAAUUCCUGCAAAACAACCCCAACAUGCAUUUUGUAGAUACAACAGACCUCAGUGAGAAACAUAUCAUUAACUCAUCCAUAUCCAGCUCAUCAUCUCUUUCAUAUUGUGUAUAUGAAAACCCAGUACAUGAUUCUCCUUCACAUCACGAUCCCCACUACAUGGAGCCACAGCCAUCCGAAGAAGCUGUGUCUGCCAUCCUCCAUCCACCUCCACCCCCUGACACAGCCAAACCAGUCAAUGCCUCUGUUAGGAAGAGUUCAGUGCCUCUCACCCCCCUUACACCCCUCACCACGACUGUGACUCCGUUUGUCCCAACACACAAAACCCCUAGCCCUCAGGAAGUAGCCAGUAGUCAGUAUAUCUUUAUUGCAGCACAGCAAAUUAGUGAAGCACAGCAACAUGAGAAGCAGAAGGACUACAAGAAAGCUUUAAAUAUGUACCGAGAAGGAGUGGGUACGCUACUUCAGGGAGUUCAAGCUGGUACUUCUGUGGACCAAACUAAAAAACAAGGUGAUAAUGAUGGGGGUCGAAGAGAUGCAGUGAAAAGGAAAACAGCUCAGUACUUGCAGCGUGCAGAGCAGCUGGUGGCCAGACUCACGCAAAGACAAAAAGCGAGACCAGUUCCUGGAUGGCCCUACAGCUGAGCUCAGCCAUGAUGGGGAGGGAGACUUGAAGUGUCGUGCCACUGACCUUCAAAGGUAUAGGGUGGCUGGGUCUACUGGAUCUGUUAUCAUUGCCACAGACACUUCCAAUGGAGACACAGUGGCUAUCAAGAUCCUCAUGAAAAGUGGGAGUGGGAGUGGAGAGAAGACAGUUGUGCCAAGAGGAGUGCCAUUCAUGGUGCCUGUGAUUCGCUAUCACGAGACAGACACAGCCAUUUACUUGGUUCUUAAAUUUAUAAG